UUUUUUUGGGGGUGUUAUAUAUGUCACAACAGCUCUUAGGCUAAUGAAAUUUGACAAGGAAAAAAAUAAAUGCUUUUUGUUUGAUAAUAAAUGUCAGCGUCUACUAAAACACUAGUGUUGUUCUGCUUUGAUGUUCAUUUGUGCUUGUAAUUCUAUAUUUCCAGAUACUUUGGAGUGAUCUGCAAGCCACUGCUUGGGGUCUGUACUGGUUUCUUAUUUUUUGUCCAUAUCCAUAAGAAAAUAAAUCUAGAUCUCACCACCUAUCACCUCAGUUUUUCAUUGCCUCCAGUUCAGAAUUUUCUCAAGAGAGCUGUCACUUAUUUCCACACUCAGCACAAACUAAGGUCACAGUGUGUGUAUGUUUUUUUUUUUUACAAGCAGGUACUGUUUUUGUUUGGACAUGACUAGAAGGCUAUGAAGUAGCCAAGCUGACCAUGUUGGAAGUGUUGAGGAACCUACCAGCACGAGGAGUAAUGUGUAUCAAGUACAAAGGCAAUUUUGAUUGAAUGCCAAGCCUGCACAAAAUGCCAAAAUGUCACAGUCCUGAAAAUGUCUCUACACCAAAUCCACUGUCAAAACCCUUACUUGAUGAUCUAGAGGUCAGACAGUGAUUACCCUGUAUCCUUAUCUAUGAAAAACAGAUGACACAUCACCUUUACGUCAGGUUUGCUCACUGUCAAUGUCCUUUGUGUAGUAGUCAAUGGUAAUGACUUAACACAUUUUUGUUUUAGUUCUAUCUUUUUUUUCUCCAUUUGUUAAUGUUGUGUUCAUUUGAAAUGGCCAAUUUGAUUGUUAAAUGAUCCUUUUAAAUGGUAAUGAAUUUAUAGAGGAGUAAAUAACAGGGAAGUUUUACAUUGAAAGUUAUUACUGACUGAAAGUGGAGAUAAAACAGAAAACAAAAUAUUUAGCCUACUCUCCAAUGGCACACCUACAUAUUGUCGUCCGUACCUUUCGUUCACUUUAGCUGGUCUGUAACGUCUUGCAUCGCAGAGGUAUCAUUCACAUCACUCACCCCAAGUGAGAGCUGAGUUUGCAAGCUGGCUAGUAAGGGGGGGCUGAGGUUGGUGCUACCGCUGAUGAUGUCACGGCGCGGCGACAGUCAUGAUUGGGUCUAAUUAGAAUUUGCGGCAGCAAAUAGAUAGACUCCCUGCAUGAUUGGAUUCAAAGUGGCUGGUGCCAAAAAUCGCAGAGGUGCAGAAAACUAGAAGCCUCUACAUAACGCCGUUGCGAGCAAGAGAGCUCAGUGCGAACUGUCAAGCUGUGCUCCAAAUACGAUCGCACCGGCAGAGAGCAAGCAUGCAGGACUUUCUGAGAUAAUCUUUUUGCACUCUGAGAUUUAGCAGCAAGAGGUAUUCCCUUUAUUAAAAGUACGAAGGGAAGUAAAGAACACCCCGAUUACUGACACCGACGUCGUGGUCUUGUUUAAGCACUGAACUGAGGCAACAACUUCACUGAGACAACUUUGCACGCUUCACCAAAUUGUACUGCUCUGCCAGUGUUCUUGCCAUGGCAUCGGUUCUUGGAAACAACACCCGCGCCUCCGGAACACCAAGCAGCCAAGUGAAAUGCAAGUUCAAACGGAGAAGGAGGCGGAGAUCGAAAAGAAAAGAGCGAGUUGGCAGCAUGCUGUCUGCAUUGAUCGCUCCCUUCAAGUACAUGAGCCCAGGGACUACCAGCACGGAGGACGAGGACAAUCUAAGCACAAGCAGUGCUGAAGUCAAGGAGAACCGAAAUGUGGGCAACCUAGAGGAUCGUGUCAUCGGCUCCUCUGAGCGGCAGUCCUCACUGUUCCAGACAGAGCGUCGGCCCUCCAGAGGUGGCCCCUCUGGGCUGAAGAGGAAACGGCCCCUGGAGGAGGAGAACCACGGCCGUCUGUGUCGCCCGCGGCCCGUCUUCCCCCUCAGAGGCACGUGCUCGUGGGCAGACUCCCCCAAGAAUGCGUUGGUCCAGCUCAAUGAGCUGCGGCCGGGUCUGCAGUACCGCCUGGUGUCGCAAACGGGCCCGGUGCACGCGCCACUCUUUGCCAUCGCGGUGGAGGUGAAUGGCCUGAGCUUCGAGGGCACGGGCCCCACCAAGAAGCAAGCCAAGAUGCGAGCUGCUGAGAUGGCGCUGCGCUCCUUUGUGCAGUUCCCCAACGCCCCUCAGGCCCACUCCGCCAUGGGCGGCCUGAGCAGCUCACCCACAGACUUUACCUCCGACCAGACUACAGACUGCCCUGACCCUCUUUUCCGAGGGUUUGAGCCGGCGGCAGCCAUCACCUCAUCUUCCUCUUCCUCCCCGUCCAGCCACGCCGUUGUGCCUGGUGACGGCAUCACGCUGUGUCGGUCGGGGACUGAGAGCGAGCUGUUCUCCGGGGCCCUGCAAAGGCAUGGCCGGCUGCUCCGCCACACGCUUGACCUCAUGGCCCAGGCCAGGCAGCGCUUCAGGCCGUGCCUGUCUCCAGCCGUGGACCUGCAGAAGAGCCCGGUGGCGCUGCUGGGGGAGCUGAGGCCGGGCCUGCGCUACGCCUGCCUGGCCGAGCGGACGGAGGCGUUGUCACGGGGGCGCACGCGCAACAGCCCGGGCGGCAGCUUUGUCAUGGCGCUGCGCGUGGACGGCCGCGUGUUCGAGGGCUGCGGACGCAGCAAGAAGCUGGCCAAGAACCAGGCGGCUCGCUGUGCCCUGCAGGCACUCUUCAACAUCAGGCUGGCACCUGAGGGGAGAGCGGGCAUCCAGCCCAGCAGGAAUAAGUGCCCUCAUUUGCCCCAGGACUUUGCAGACGCAAUAUUCCACUUGGUGAGGGAGAGAUACCGGGCGCUGGCAGGCGGCUCCUCCCCCAUGCAUGCACGUCACAAAGCCCUGGCAGGCAUCGUAAUGACCAGAGGUUUGGACCUCCGACAGGCGCAAGUGGUGGCAUUAUCAACUGGCACUAAAUGCAUCAAUGGGGAGUAUAUCAGUGACCAGGGCCUUGUGGUCAACGACUGCCAUGCAGAAAUCAUCGUCCGCCGGGCUCUUAUCCGCUUCCUCUACUCCCAGCUGGAGCUUCAUGACAGCCAGAGGAGGGAGGACUGGGAGCGCUCCAUCUUUGUGCGGCACAAACAGGCUGGCUACCGUCUGAGGGAGAACAUCUUCUUCCACAUGUACAUCAGCACCUCCCCCUGCGGGGACGCCAGGAUCAACUCACCCUACGAGAGCGGCAGUGAGCUGCCCGGUGGGCGACCCCUGGUGAAGCGGUUCCACACACACCUGAGGACAAAGAUCGAGGCGGGCGAAGGGACGUUGCCGGUGAGGUCGCGGGUGCCCGUGCAGACGUGGGACGGCGUGCUGCAGGGGGAGCGGCUCAUCACCAUGUCCUGCACUGACAAGAUCACCAGGUGGAACGUGUUGGGCCUGCAGGGGGCGCUGCUCAGCCACCUCCUGGAGCCGGUCUACCUGCACAGCCUGACGGUGGGGAGCCUGAGACACACGGGCCAUUUCUCCCGCAUGCUGAGUCAGAGGCUGGAGCGCCUGGGAUCCCUGCCCAUGCCCUACCGCCGCAACCAGCCCCUCCUCAGCGGUCUCAGCAGCAGCGAGUGCCGGCAGCCGGGGAAGUCGCCGUGCUUUAGCGUGAACUGGACGGCAGGAGACAGCCAGCUGGAGGUGCUCAAUGCCUCUACGGGGAAGAGGAAGGACUCAGGGGCACCAUCAAGGCUCUGCAAGCAUGUGCUCUUCUCUCGCUGGGCCAGGCUGUGCCAGAGGUUAAACGUCCCCUCAAGGCUUCCUGGAGGUCAGGCUGACUCAGCCGAGCUGCUGUACUGCGAGGCCAAGCAGGCGGCCGGCCGCUACCAGACUGUGAAGCAGCAGUGGUUCCGCUCACUGCAGGAGACAGGACUGGGCACCUGGGUGAGGAAGCCACCCGAGCAGGAGCACUUCCUGCCAGGCGUGUGAGUCUGAUGGAGGGGCGCGUGUGGGUCUGAUGGAGGGGCGGCGUGUGGGUCUGAUGGAGGGGCGCGUGUGGGGAUAAGGGGCUGGUGAGGGUCAAUCAGGGGGGCUGUACGAGGUGCCAGCCCUCGCGCUCUCCACGCCACGUCCACAGGCCUGUCUGAGUGAAGCGCCUCGAUGAGCAGCAAACCCUGGUCUCACUACAGGAUCAAAGAUGGAGAAGCAGUGGGAGAGUAAGACGGGCCAGGGUACUACCAUAGGUCUGCUGAACGCUGAUGAAAAGGACACGUAGCUCCCAGUGUCUCCUCUCCCCUCCUCUCCACCUCCAUCUCCCUCUCUGUCUUACCUUUGCCUUUGGUAGACCAUGUGUUAACCUUCACCAAAGUGAAAGGCAGCCGCCAUCUUGUCAUCAGCUGUUGCCAGACGUAUAUCCCCCAUGGAGUGUUGAGCACAAUGUCCAAAUAAAGGGCCUGUCUAUGAUGAAGACAGCAUGCAACUCAACCAGCACAGAAGCACUUCAGUCUCACUCACUCUCUCUCUCUCUCUCUCUCUCUCUCUCUCUCUCACACACAUACACACACACACACACACACACACACACACACAGUCAGAAAAAUAACACAACAGGGACAGGAUUUGACAUUCUAAAGGCAGGUUAAUUCAGCCCUUUCGACUCGGAGCAGUGCUGGGUAUAAAAGGUCGAGAAACAAGGAGGCACUGGUGACUUGCUAACCUAGAUGGUGUCAUUGAAGUAAACUGUGGCACAGGACCUUUUUUUGAUAGUGCAAUAUAGAGCUUUAAUGACACCUUUCCCCCCUCAUACUGUCUGUUAUUGUCACUCUUGGGUUACCUUCAGUGAAUACUUUUAUGAUUAUUUUUAUUAUUAUUUCUCUUUACCCUUUACACUUAGUGCAGGGCUACAAAGAGUUGCUGACUAUGGGGAGUGAAAAGCCUGAUGCAGCUGGGGGAUAAAGCGAGUAAAAUAAAGAAUGCAAGGAGCCCAGCCGAGUAUCAGACAGCUGACUGGAGUAUCAAUGUAGUCCAAUCCACUGUGCCCUUCUAAUGGGACUACAACAACCACAAGUCCGGGAAUUUAUAACCUAAUGCCUGUAACUUAGUAUAUCAUCUUUCCAUUACCCACCCAUGUGUUUGUUUUGCUAUUGUCCUUCCCUUUGUGUUUAACAGAGUUAAUAUGUUUACUGAUAGUCAGCAGUCCUUGAUAUCCUGGCAUAGGCUCCAUAGUACAUUUCCUUGAGUACAUAUGAUUUAAAAAAAAAUUAAAACAUUAGAUGAAUAGUCAACAUGUAUUGUUUAUCCAGUAACAUAUGUGACCGUAAUCAUAUUAUUGGUUUUGUGAGUUAUUUUGUUUAUAAACAUUGUAUGUCCUACGCUGAAUCCUCCCCUGCAUUAACAUAUCACAAGAUAUGCUCCAACAGAGACCCCUAGUGGUGAGUUAUGUAGCUAGUAGAUCCAUCAUACACAUUUAAACUCACCCAUGUCUCCUCCACAAAGUGAUUAAUCUAAAGGAGAACCCUUCAAAGAACAAACUUCUGAGUCCUCUUCAUGUUUUUUUUUUGUUAGUUUCAUGUGUUUAUAUAUUUGUGGGUUAUGUUCUUUCAGUAUUUCUGUUGUUUUGCCCCUGUAACAUGUCUCAGUGAGUGAACUAGAGAGCGGUCUUGUCAGGGUCCAUUCGUCACAAUGCUUAACACACAUAUGAACAUGAUGUAUUUUCAAAACUAUGCUCUUUUGCUAAAGAUGUGUAGCCACUGUCACAAAGGCAAUUGUGUCAUUGGUGAUGGACCUUUUGGGUGACAAUUGUAGGGUCAGAUUUAAUAUGUAAGGUAUGGGAUAUGUUUCCCCAUCAUUUAAUUAUUCAUCAUCACCUUUGGCAUCAUAUCAUAUCAACAUAUCAAUUAUUUACUUUAAGAUCUCCUUUUAACCCUCCGUCUCUGUCAACGCCACAUAUAUUGUGUGAACUCACCGUUACCAGUCUUACAAAUAACAAAUAUAUUGGAACAAACACCCAAUAAGACCAAUUUAGGUAGCUAUAGAAAUGGAUAGGCCUUUUUUAGUCAUGGCAUGAUUGAAUGGCAAUAUUGUAAUAUUUAUUGUAAAUUUUGUAAUAUAAAUAAAUUGUAAAAAUGUGAGAAAGUAAAAUAAAAUUAUAAAAGUCAAGAGUAAGGUGUACAUUUUAACACAAGAAAGUCUGCUGCUACGGUCUGUACAUUGCACCUCAGUAAGCCCUGAAAAGUGAAUGUUUGUUAAUGUGAAUAAAAAUAACAUGAAAACC